CACACAACAUGUGAAAUCGCUGCUUCCCUGCCUGAAGUCAUCUCGGUCACUUUUUAUUUGUAUUUCACUUAUGCUUGUCCUAUUCGCUUCUGAUGAAGAUGGCCACGCAGGCCGUAAGUCUUUUUCGUAAAAUGGACGGUCUGUUUGCGGUGUACAAACCGCAGGGAGUUCACUGGAAACUUGUUCGUGACACCAUAGAAAGCAAUUUACUCAAAGCGCUGAACUCCAGUCCUCCAGGAGCUCCUCGGCGUGAAGUGCAGUUUCAGCUUCUGUCCAGUGGAGAAAACAGCAGCUCCAAAGAGCUCAUUUUAUCUCCAUCCAUGGUUCCUUCUCUGGCAGAUCAUCCUUUAGUGACAGGUCCUCAGUUUCACAAGGUUCAUGUUGGAGUUGGUCAUCGAUUGGAUGCCUUUUCUUCUGGAGUAUUAGUUUUAGGUGUUGGGAAAGGAAAUGGUGUCCUGGAGCAUCUGUGCAAAUCACAUGUAACCAGGGACUAUAUAAUUGAGGGCGAGUUUGGAAGAGCCACUGAUAAUUUCAGUCACACUGGUCGAGUCAUUGAGAAAACCACAUAUGACCAUGUUACCCAGGAUAAGCUAGAAAGAGUCCUUGCCGUGAUACAGGGAUCCAAUCAGAAAGCAUUAAUCACAUAUUCUCAAGUGGACUUGCAAACUCAGGAGGCUUAUGAGCUUGCAGCGAGAGGUUUAUUGUAUCCUGAUGGUAAAAGCCCACCUAUUUUGACUGGCCUGCGAUGCAUAAAAUUGAAUCUGCCACAUUUCACUUUGGAGGUCAAGUGUGUGAAUGAGACUCAGAAGUAUCUGUGUAAAUUGAUUCAUGAGGUUGGACUGGAGCUGCGGGCCUCUGCGGUCUGUACUAAAGUGCGAAGAACACGAGAUGGACCCUUUAAAGUAGAGAACGCACUCACUCGACAGCACUGGACUGCAGACAGUGUCUUACAAGCUAUUGGUCACUUUCGCAAGACUGUCCGCAAAAUCAGAAAAUCUGGGAUGUACAGGCAGAGUGCUGUCCGGCUGACCUCAGACGCGGAUAUCAGAGAGCAAAUUCAAUCUGGACAAUCCGAGCAUAUGAGUGGAGAGCAGGAUGAACUCUCUGACAUGAUUGUGGAGAGAGAGAGACCUGGGAGACCGGAUGAGAAGAUGAGAACAAAAAAUUAAAUUAACUUCUUCCUCAAUUAGGAAUGAUUUGAGUUCUGAGACAUACUUACUUGUUCACUAUAAUUUAUGUAUGUGUUAUACUUUCUUUAUUGUGUGUCAUUAAAUGUGUAUUUUAGCAAA